AUGCUUAGGAAUAUGUACAAGGCAAGGCCACCACCAUUGCCACCACACUUUGGCGACGAGAGCGAGGACGACAACGGCGACAACGAGACCAGUGGCUCUUUUGACUCUCGAUCUCCGUCGCCUGCAAUACAUCCAUCCAAACUUGGAGGGGGCCCGUCCAUCUUCAGCGUAUCGAGCCGGUAUGCACCUCUAGAAUGGAAUGCCUAUUUUGACGAGAAACGACUGGUGACGGUGCCUGGCGAAAACGAAGGCGAGUCCGAGAUCACGUUCAAUGUAUUCGAAACGCAUGGAAAACCUGGGGCACCGUUGUUUGUGAUGCACCAUGGCGCUGGACUAUGUGCACUGUCAUUCGCAUUAACCGCCAGGGAGAUUAAAAAGAUUGUUGGACAGGAUGCAAGCAUUAUGAGCUUUGAUUGUCGAGGACAUGGAGAGACAACGUCAGGCGAUGAAAAUAACCUGUCACUGGACCGAUUGACAAGGGACUUGAAGAAUGUUAUCCAUGCGGUUUACGGCAAGCAACUUCCUGAGAUCAUUCUGGUCGGACACAGUAUGGGCGGAGCCGUGGUAUCGGAAGCGGCAUCGCGUGGAAUGAUCUCCAACCUCGUCGGAGUCGCUGUCCUGGAUAUUGUUGAAGGUGUGGCGAUCGAGGCACUGGCGAAAAUGAAUGGAUGGCUGCAACGACGCCCUAAUAUCUUUCGCUCCCUCGACAAAGUCGUUCAGUGGGGAGUAAAGUCAGGAACGGUUCGAAAUUUAGAAUCGGCACGGGUAUCAUUUCCACCCUUAGUGGUCCUCUCUAAAGAUUCAACGAUCGAGGAUCCUAGUUAUAUUUGGCGUACGGACCUGGCCUCAUCGGAGCAGUACUGGAAGGAAUGGUUCACGGGCUUGACACAGAGAUUCCUGUCUGCGAAGGCAGGCAAACUAUUGGUCCUUGCUGGGACGGAUCGACUGGACAAGGAUAUGACGAUCGCACAGAUGCAGGGCAAGUUCCAGUUGUUGGUCUUUCCAAACUCGGGACAUGCGGUUCAGGAGGAUGAGCCCGAUAGAAUGGCGCGAGAAUUAGUCUCGUUCUGGAAGAGGAAUGAGCGACUUGUUCUUCCACCGCGUCCCUUCCUCCCUGACCAUUCUGCCUAA